AUGUCCGCGUACGGGUUCGGUGGUCAGAGCGUGACUCAGAAGAGUGGUGUCGAUGCUACGCUCGCGAAAAAACUGAGUCGAUGGGAACACCACCGGUCAGAAACUUCCGAUGCAUUCGAAAGCGUCGAAAAAGCGUCGAAACAGUUCCAGGAGUGUUGCGCUUCAAAAGCGUCCAGAAUCGUCUCCGCGGAGGAAAAAAUCAGAAGCAGAAAUAUCUUCAAAAGAGAAUACGAACGGUUUAAAGACGCUUUGGAGAAACUGGAGAAUUGUUUGACCAUGGGAGCAAACUCGGCGCGAGACUUUGCGGAUAGACAGAAAAUUUUACUCGGAUUUACCGAGAAGAAGCGGAUAUUCGUGGCACAAAUGGAAGCCGAUGACGAGAGGAGCUCGCUGUUGAGUAGUAGUAGUAGUAAUAAUAAUAACGGUGGUAGUAAUACUAGCAAAAAACUGAGCGCGGAGGAGAUGACGGAAGGCAUGACGCCGGAGCAACUCUUGCGGUUGCAAAUGCAACAGAUUAAAAGUCAAGAUCAAACGUUACACGCGUUGUCGCGUUUAUCGACCAAGUUGAAAGCGACGAGUGGGACCAUAUACAACGAAAUCGAAGAGCAGAUGGAAAUCGCGGACGAUUUAGAAAAGGAUUUUAAGCAAACGCAAAUGAAAAUGAAGGCGUUGCGGAAGAAAGGCCACGAGUUGAACGGGUAUCGGAAGAACGAGAUUGCCGAGCAAGAUCGAAAGAUUCGGCUAGAAGCGGAAAAGGAGAGAGAGAAGGAGAUACGUGCGAAGGAGGCCAGUCAAAAAGGGUUCUGGGGUUGGUUUAACUCCUAA